GCAAACAGGUUUGCGUUAAGACUUCAGCAGACAACACAUCUGACAUCUCCUUCACCAACCCAGAAGCACUUGCGUUUCGGUUGUCGACGUUCUCCUUCCACCUUCUUCUCUGUGUCACUAAACUCGUCUCGUUUAAGAAGGAGAAGGAGAAGAAAUUUCGAGAAGCAGAAUAAACAGAUUGGAUCCAUGGAUGUGCCGAGCUCAUGGGACGCCCUGCGUAAACAGGCAAGAAAGCUUGAAGCUCAGUUGGAUGAGCAAAUGAACUCAUACCGCAAGUUGGUUUCCACAAAAUCUGAUGGUGCCGACAAUAACGAUCUUGAAUCUGGAAUAGAUCGCCUACUUAAACAGCUUCAGCAAGUAAAUUCGCAGAUGCAAGCUUGGGUAUCGUCCGGUGGUUCAGAAAUAGUGUCUCAUACAUUGACCCGGCACCAAGAAAUUCUACAAGAUCUUAUCCAGGAGUUUUAUCGGCUUCGCUCUAGCCUUAGAGCCAAGAGAGAACAUGCUUCACUCCUUGAGGACUUCAGGGAGUUUGAUCGGGCAAGAGUAGAUUUGGAAGAUGGUGGUCUUUCUGCAGAGCAGGCUCUUCUUAAGGAGCAUGCGUCCAUCAGCAGAAGUACAGGACAGAUGGACACUGUGAUUUCCCAAGCACAAGCAACGCUUGGAGCACUUUCUCUUCAGCAUGCAACAUUUGGGGGUAUCAGUUCGAAGUUGACAAAUGUUAGCAGUCGUUUUCCUACGGUAAAUAAUAUUCUGUCAGCAAUAAAAAGGAAAAAAUCCAUGGAUACCAUUAUCCUUUCCCUUGUUGCUUCUGUUUGCACAUUUCUUAUACUGAUUUACUGGUUGACCAAGUAGGAAGGUAAUGUGGGUCUUGGGUGGAGCUUUUGUCAUUAUUCUUUAUUGUUAUAUUGUAAGUAAGAACAUUGUUGGUUCUUGAAUGCUUUCUUAUUCAAUGAAAUUUUGUAUACUUGUUAUCUAUCUGGUCUAAGUGGUGUUUGCCUU